UUGCAGGCCCAGCCGCUCCUGUGGUUGGAGCCUGCGGGCCAAGGGGAGCCGAGGCAGGAUGGAGCGGCCCAGGCUGGGGCCACAGAGCAGGAGCCAGAGUCUGGGGGUCGGCAGCACAAGAAGUUCGAGCUGCGUGUGGACGUGGCCGGCUUCGCACCAGAGGAGCUGACAGUGAGGCAGGAGGGCAGGAGGGUGAUGGUAACGGGGAGGCGUGAGAAGCAGAGCGCUGGAGAGGAUGGAGGCAGCUUGCAAGAGUACCGGGAGCUGCGCAGGGAAAUGCUGCUGCCCUUGGGCCUGGAUCUGGAGGCUGUGACCUGCUCCCUGUGCUCGGAUGGACAGCUCUGCAUCCAGGCCCCGCACCUGGCCCUGCAGCCCGCAGAGGGGAAAGCCAUUCCUAUAAGCGUCCAGGCAGGAGAGGGAGCCACACAAGGAGACACUGUAGCCAGGGAGGAGAAGCAGCUGGGAAGGGAGGAGGAAAGUGGCAGCCAGGAGACCUGAGCCAGCCAGAGGGGAUGACAGCGAGCUGCUGCCCUGGCCCAGAGACUGCAGCCACUGCCAGGGUACAUCGGUGC